AUGGAGUAUACAGACUCAGAGGACCUACUAACGGAGAUAGUGAAGCGCGGCCCGUUGACGGAGAGCGACGCGGCGGCCGUUUUCCGUCAGAUCGCGUCCGCCGUGGCGUUCUGUCACGCGAGCGGCGUCAUCCACCGCGACGUGAAGCCAGACAACGCCUCUCCUCCUCCUUCCGCCUCCCACACGCGCCGCUGCCGCGUCUCGUCCUCCUUGCCUCCGCCCUCCUCCUCCUCCUCCUCUUGCUCCUCCUCCUGCUCCUUCUCCUCUCCUCCUUCCCCGUCCGCGUACCCGCACUCUUCCUCAUUCCCCUCCCCGCCUCGCUCCCCCCUCUGCUCUCCGCACCCAUCCGCGCCUCCCGCGCUUGCCUCCUCCUCCGCGCACGCGGCUUCCCCCGCCCAAGCCAACCGCGCUCCCGCUCGCUCUCCCCACUCUGCCAAUUCAGAGGCCGAAAGAUCAACAAAUCACCCCCCUCCCACCGCUUCCAACCGUUCUGACAAACCCUUCGACCGCUCCAGGUUCAUUGUGAAGCUAGCUGAUUUCGCCCUGUCAACACACGUGGAGGGGGGGCCUAGGGGGAGGAAGACCGACGCAGGGGCAGGUACUAGACUAUAUAUGGCCCCGGAAAUGCUCGGGGGAGGGGAGGGGAAGAAGAGGGGCGGUGGGGGGGGAGGAGGAGGAGGAGGAGGAGGAGGGGAGGGGUAUGGUUGCAAGGUGGAUGUGUGGAGUAUGGGUAUCACUCUUGCUGCUAUGCUCACUGGUCGAAUCCCGGGAACCCCGGUGAAUUUCAAUGGGGUGGUUUGGCGAGGGGUGUCGGCGGGAGCGAAGGAUCUGAUCCGUCGGAUGCUGCAGGAGGACCCGGAUCGACGGCUGAGCUCGUUUGAGGUGUUGGAGCAUCAGUGGUUGCUGCAGGCUGGAGGGAAGAAGCCAGGGAACGGUGAUCGUGCUCCCACCAUUAUUGCUGCUGCUGCUGCAGUUGCUGCUUCUGCUGCUGGUGCUGCUUCUGCUGCUACUGCUGCUACUGCCACUCCUCCUGCUACCACCACUGCUGCUGCUGCUGCACCGUCUGCUAGUGCGGCUAUAGCAGGGUGGGCAAGCCUCCUUCCUAUGCGCACACGCACCACUACCACCGGGGGCCAUUGUGCCCCAGCAGCGCAGCAGCAGGCGCCAAACGCGUUGGCAGUGACAGCCUGGCAGCCUUGGCAUGCAAGGCAGAGCGUGGGUGCGUGA